CCGCGCCAAUGCUGCGGGGGUAAACAAAUCCCACUCCGAUCUUCUUCUCUUGCAGCUUCGAAACACCAACCAACUCACCCCGCUGCAUUCUAGAUCUCUUGGACUCAAAAGAGAUCCCCGGUCGAACCGAUAUCAUGCCGCCAUCCCACCAAUACAGCCACUCCCAAUCUCUCCCUCGCCAUUCCGUUCUCCCGGCCUCAACUGCCACACCGUCCAUGGGCGGCGCCUCUUCCAUGUCGAUGGCUAAGACCCGUCAGUACACCAAUCUGCACACCCAACUGGCGCAACUAAACGCCAAUCUGCGGGAUACGGAGAACCUACUUCGUAUGACGGCAGUCCAGGCAGAAGAUAUGCGGUUCCUGGGUGGCUAUGUCGGCGCCCUGUUUAUGGGAUCUGCGAAGGUGCUGGGCGAGGAAGGGGUCAAGAAUGAUACGGAGGGAGAAAGUGGCCAGGAUAAGAGCAGUGAGGCGUGAAGCUCCUUCCUGCUGCUAGAGGGUUCUAUUUUGGGUUUACUGUGUGGAAUGUGCUAUGCCAUGCGGUGGGUAAGUACUCUUCUAUGCAGAUAUUUAUGGACUGUUGUCUAUCUAUCUAUUGUUUAUGUUGCUGAUAUUGGUGUUUUAGUGCAGGUGUUAUGAAGGGGAACUGAUAUCCCAACUCCAGCUCAGUUCAUCUCAAUUGUCAACGACGAAU